AUGCUGCUUAACAACACGACGCGGGGCUUCCUGUGGUCGGACGCGGAGACGAGGACCUUGCUGAACAUCUGGGGGGAGCAGGACGUCCAGGAGGCGCUCGACGGAAACUUCCGCAACAGCUUCGUCUACCGCGACGUGUCCCGGAGGCUGGCGGCGAUGGGCUUCGAGCGGACGCCGGAGCAAUGCAGGGUGCGCAUUAAGAGCCUGAAGAGGCAGUACUUGCUGGCCAAGGAGGGCAACCUCCGCAACAACAGGCAGUACCACAGAAUAGCCAAGUUCUACGACACCAUGGAGAGGAUCCUCAGCAGCCGGCCCGCCCUAGUGGACCCCCAGGAGUUCAUAGACAGCGGGGCCGGCGGGGAGGAGGCCGUGGACGGCUUGGACGAGGAUGCGGAGGAUGCUCAGGAUGUGUACUCUGAGAGUACGGGAGACUGUCCCUUUCCUGCAGAGACGGAAGUCAAGCUGGAGUACCCCACGGUUCCCAUCCCCAUCCCGGUGAAAGUCACAGUGGGCAACAACAGUACCUUAGAAAGGCCGCACAACAGCAGCCAAUUGGCAAGUCACUGCCCCGCCUCCACUCCUAAGCAGCGAAAGCGGCGGCGCGCAAACUUCCCUGUGGAAAGGCUAAUGGAGCAGUUCCUAAAGCAGAGCGCCCAGGCCGAGGACAACUUCUACCGCAUGGAGGAGCGCCGCCUGCAGGCCGAGGACCAUCGGCGGGAGGCGGAGCACGCCAGGGAGCUGCACAUGCUCCAGAUGCUCGGCCAGAUGUUCUCCAACAUCUCGGCUCGACCCGGCUCUGUGGCGGCGACGGUGGCACCCGCCCAGGCAAAGAACGCUCAAGCUCCAGUGUUCUCCCAAACAUCGCCGCUGUGUGCACACCGCCAAUCCUCGCCACAGACAGACAGUUUGUCACAACAGGGUCACCUGCUGAGCUCGGACCCUCAGGCAUUAGUGUUUGAACGCCACCACAGCCUUGGCUCAUCGUCCCACAGUGUCAUGGAAGAGCACAUCCUGUCCAUGGUGAAAAAGAUAGUCCCGCCGCUGUCUGGCCACAAGCAUAAAGGACAAGACGGACGGAUCGGGAUCAUAGGCGGAUGUCAGGACUACACUGGAGCGCCGUACUUUGCAGCCAUCUCUGCACUCAAAGUGGGUGCUGACUUGUCUCACGUCUUCUGCACCAAAGAUGCCGCAGCUGUAAUAAAAUCCUACAGCCCUGAGCUCAUAGUGCAUCCUGUCCUGGACAGUCCCAACGCUGUGGAGGAGAUAGACAAAUGGCUCCCGAGACUGCACAGCCUGGUUGUGGGACCCGGUUUAGGGAGAGAAGACUUCCUAUUAAAAACCGCCAAGGAAGUGAUAGAGAAGUCUAAAGCUAGAGAUAUACCAAUUAUCAUCGACGCUGACGGCUUAUGGCUGGUCACAAAGCAGCCGUCCGUUAUUCAAGGCUACCAGAAAGGCAUCCUCACGCCCAACUUCAUGGAGUUCACACGACUCUACGAGACGCUGCAACAUAAGCCUGUGGACGACGGCGAUCACCGUAGUAACGUCCUGCAGCUCAGCGAAGCCAUGGGAAACAUCACCGUGCUGCUCAAAGGAGAGCAGGAUCUCAUUGCGGACGGCAGCACUGUUGUUACGUGCAGCACAGAGGGUAGCGCGAGGCGAUGUGGAGGACAGGGGGAUCUUCUGUCUGGUUCUGCUGGUGUGCUGGCACACUGGGCCCACGCUGCCUCUCAAGCAGGACUCAUCACAGGUGUGAACCCGUCAGUGGUUGCAGCAAUGGGGGCGUCCUCACUCACCAGACAGUGCAACAGACAAGCGUUCCAGCGACACGGCAGGUCCACAACCACCUCGGACAUGAUCCAGGAGAUUGGGCCAGUCUUCAAAAAUCUAUUUGAAAGAUGAGAGCCAACAUAUUAACACGUGUACGAAUCACCCAUGCUCCAUUUUUGCAUUCUUUACCCAACACAACUUGUUACUUUAGUCAAGUACUACACGGGACAAAAGGGCUUAAGUGGGGAAAAAAAUGGUAUGGACUACACACAAAAUUAUUCCUUAGUGAAAACAUUAUGGUCUCACUGUACUGUCAUUUUUUUUACCUCAAUGGAAAUAAAAACGUAUUUGUGUUAA